UUCCGGCAACUCGGAGGGACCGGAACCUACGCGGAGCUUCUGAGGCCCGAUCCUUCCCGGGACCGGCUGGACGCCGAGCCCCCCGAGAUGAGGAUACUGAGACCCCGAGGAACCCACAGUCACUCAGCGAGAAGCAGCAGAAUCGGGAAUGAAACCCAGACCUCUGCAAAUUUGCUUCCUAAUAAUUGGGAGAAGACCCACUGGCUAAAUGGCAGCCGUAGAUGACUUGCAGUUUGAAGAAUUUAGUGAUGUAGCCACUUCUCUAGCAGCAAACCCAGAUGCCACCACAAUAAGCAUCGAGGAUCCUGGUGAAACCCCCAAACAUCAGCCAGGACCCCCAAGAGGCUCAGGGAGAGAAGAGGAUGAUGAGUUACUGGGAAAUGAUGACUCUGACAAAACUGAGUUACUUGCUGGACAGAAGAAAAGCUCCCCCUUCUGGACAUUUGAAUACUAUCAAACAUUCUUUGAUGUAGACACUUACCAGGUCUUUGACAGAAUAAAAGGGUCUCUUCUGCCAAUACCGGGAAAAAACUUUGUGAGGUUAUAUAUCCGCAGCAAUCCCGAUCUCUAUGGCCCCUUUUGGAUAUGUGCCACACUGGUCUUUGCCAUAGCAAUUAGUGGGAAUCUUUCCAACUUCUUAAUCCAUCUGGGAGAGAAGACAUACCGUUACGUACCCGAAUUCCGAAAAGGUUGGUCAAUAGCUUGACUCAUUUGGAAUGCU